AUGGCAAGACAGAUUAGAGAGCAAAGAAGUAGAAAUCCAGGGAUCCCAACCAAGGCAUUGCAAGAAGAAUUAGAACAAAAGUUGCAGAUUUCAGUUUAUUGGAUGAAAGCAUUUAGAGCAAAAACCCAAGCAAGCACUGAUAACAAAGGGGACUUCCAUACACAGUUUUCAUUACUUAGGGAUUACUGUGAGGAGUUGAAGCUUCAAAACCCAGGUACAACUAUUAAAAUAGAGGUUGAAAGAUCAUGUAAUCCUGAAGCCACAACUAGACAAUUCAAGAGGAUAUAUGUUUGUAUUGGUGCACUGAAGGAGGGAUGGAAGGAAUGCAUGAGGGAUUUGAUUGGAUUAGAUGGUGCAUUCAUGAGAGGGCCUUACCCUGGUCAAGUUUUGACUGCUGUAGGGGUUGACUCAAACAAUGGAAUCUAUCCAGUGGCAUUUGCAGUGGUUGAAGCUGAAACCAGAGACUCUUGGACAUGGUUUCUUGAAUGUCUUGGCCUAGAUUUGGAGUUAGAGUCCCAUUACAACUUUACUUUCAUAUCAGACAGACAAAAGGGUCUUAUCCAAGCUAUUGGCAAUGUGUUCCCUUCUGCUGAACACAGGUAUUGUGUCAAGCACAUACAUGAAAACAUGAAACACCAUUGGAGAGGUAAACUUUACAAGGAUAUUUUCUGGAGGUGUGCAACUGCAACCACAGUACCAGGUUUUAAAGCAACCAUGGCACAGAUGAAAAGGCUUAAUGUGGAUGCAUAUAAUUGGUUAAGAAAAAUUGAUCCACAACACUGGUCAAGGUCACAUUUCUCAGGUAGGUGCAAGUCUGACAUGCUUCUGAAUAAUUUGUGUGAGUGUUUAAAUGGUCAAAUAGUUCUAGCUAGAGAGAAGCCCAUCAUAGGAUGUCUUGAUUUCAUUAGAGGGUAUUUAAUGAAAAGAAUUGUCUUAAUCCAAAAGGUAAUUGAUAAGUCUAAAGGUCCAUUGACCCCAGCUGCAAUGGACCUAAUGAAGGUCAUAGAAAAGGAAGCCAAUGAGUGUAAGGUGACUUGGAAUGGUGGUGUGAAAUACCAGGUCAAUGCUCCAUGGAGUGACCAACACAUUGUAGACACUGAUCAAAUGAGUUGCACUUGUAGAAAAUGGGAAUUGAGUGGGCUUCCUUGUAAGCAUGCUUAUGCAGUCAAUUGGGACAUGAAUAAAUUUGGCAGAAAAGUGGGUAAAAUUGAAAGUUGGGCUCAUAGGUGUUACUGGUUAGACACAUGGAUGGAAGCAUACAGUUUCAAAGUCAACCCAGUGACUGGUACAACCACUUGGCCAAAAUCAACUUGCCCAAUAGGAUUGACUCCUCCAAUACACCACACUCCAGUAGGCAGGCCAAAAAAGAAGAGGAAGAGAGGUUUAUAUGAGGAUGAGCCAUUAUCAAAAGAGGGUAAGUUGUCAAGGAAGAUUCAUUUUGGCAGAUGCACCCAAUGUGGCAACAAAGGUCACAAUGCUAGAACAUGUAAAGGUCAACCAGGGGUAACCAAUGCAGGUGUGAACAACAACAAUCAACAAGCUAGGAGUGAAGCAGGUGUCAAUUUGUGUUAUUAA